GUGUGUGUGUGUGUGUGUGUGAGUGACCGAGAGAUGUGUCUGUCUCAUUCACGUGGGAGGGGGAGGGGAGUGAGUGGACGAGUCCAUUCCUGGAUCCCUUGAGGGGGUGGCUCAUACACACCUGGCUAGGAGGGGACGCUCCCAUUUUCCCCUGACAUGGGAGAGAAGAAAGGAGGAUGGAAAAAUGUGAAAAUCAGAGGCUCAGCUGUGCCAGGACCUUAGCGAGCCUAUCAGCUCAUAGCCCUCCCCUGCUCAAAAACACUGGUUUCGGUCAUAAUAUCUAAACCGUGUGUAUCUUUGCAUUAUAGACAUUACUGAUCCUGCAAGGAGGGUAGUAGAAGAUGCAGCAAGAUAAAGGAAAUUAGAGAUGCUGCAAGGCCGGAGUCCAGCCUGGCAACCCUCAGCUCAUCUUACAGAUGUGUGGUCUUUGCACCCCUCCCUAAAUCUAUAGCUGACCAACAACUUCAUCUGGGUGUGUCUGGACUCUGAAACCUACAUCCACAGCCUAGGUCACCUAAAGUCCCGCCCCCCCACCUCCUGCCCCAAAUUAAUCUCAGACCUCAAGUCUUUCCAUAUCCUGUUCUGGGGAAAUAGGUGAGGGUCCCACAACCCCCUAACACAUCCUGGUCACAUUCCUUUCUACAGCUCCACUCCCAGGCACAUUGAAUGGGCAGGGGACAGGCUUCGUUGGGAAAGGAGAGGGUGAUGGCACCAUGGACCCCAAGGGGCCAACCCCCAAGCCUUUCCAGCGGCCUGAGAAACCUGGUCGUGUCCGUCGUUGGAAGACCAGGCGGGAACGUAACGAGGCCCUCAUGGGCAGUCGGCGGCCAUUGGCUCAUCAGGAUCCUUCUCUGGCCAGUCGGGAUCCACAUGUGGUCCUCCGGAAUUCUGUGGCCCCUUCUGUUCCCAAGCUUGUGGUCAUAACCCAGGGCCGGCUGAGCCGGGAGCAUCGGGGUCUCUUCAACCACGAGGUGAAAUCUUUGGAUGUGGCACGGCUGCUUAGCAGUGGUUCUCUGGAGCCAAGCACUCCUGCACUUCCCAUCAGAUCUUCCCCAAGCCCAGACAGAGCCCAAGAACGAGCCCUACAGUCAAGGGGCAAGGAGAACCAGGUGCUGGGAGGCUCAGGCCCAGGCCCACCCAGUCCCCCACAGAUCCCUAGCUUGGGGCAGUUGCUGGUGGAGCUUCAGUGCCAGUUGGUUCUGCCACAGGCCUUUCCCAGGAGGAACCUAGUACAAGAAGCCAGAGAUGCUAUUGUGAGCACCUUACAGGCUUGUCAUGGCUGUGUGCCUGACCUUACCCUGGUGCUCCGGGGCUGCCAGCCACAUUUGCCAGAGACCCAGCCUGCGGGCCCUGAGAGACAAAAGAUGACAUCUUCCUGGAUCCACAGCCCUGAGCAGGCCCUAGGAGAGAGGAGGCAGAGGGGGCAACUGGGGACAAAGGAGCUCACCUUCGCCAUGCCUCACAACCACACUCCUACUGUGGACCGGGCGAGCCUGGCACGAUCGAAAGGUCCUUGGCCACCUCCAUCAUCCUUGUUGCCUUCACCAUCUGGGGUGGCCUGGGGCCCCCCAACAGCUUUUGAUCUGCUGAAAAGUAUCUGGCUGAUAGCCACACCACCCCCAUCCCGGCCCUGGGGGGUUGGCCCACCCCAUCCCCUGACUCAGCCACCAUCACCCUUGCUGUCCCGAACCUCUGCCCUGGACUGGAGCCCCAGCCCCCCUGCCCCGCUACCCAGCCUCUCCUGGGUUGUGGCCCAGAGCAGCCCAGAGGCCUGGUCCUUUCCACCCAUGAGACUGUAUUGAGGGGGCUGAGGCUGAGUUGGGGACGGGAAUCCCACACUCUGAUCACUUCAAUAAAGUACCUUCUUGAUGGUC